UAGUUUCAACACAGCUCACCACAGACAUGCCGACUUCCCUCUGUUUGUCUAACCAGAUCUCAUAUAAGUCACUGGUUGACACGACCUACGAAAGCUGGUCGUUACUAAUGCAUGUGUUUGGUGGAGCGGUGGUGUGGGUCAGUGACUUCAGACUGCAGAGGCUGUGUUCUCUGGGGAGACAUGGAUGGGGGGGAAGUGGAAGACGGAAACCUCAUUACUGAGUGAGCACCAGGCAUGUGCACGGUGUUAUACCAGCCAAUCAGAUACCAGUUCCAGAGAAGAUGGUGGCCGCUGUGCUCACCUUGCUCACCUCAAGUAAACAUGUUCAACCUGAUGAGCAACUGCUGCACCUGGGUCUCCAAAAUACAGGAGCCAAUCAGGAAAGUGACCAUUCUGAUGGUUGGUCUUGACAAAGCAGGAAAAACAUCCUGCCUCAGAGGGAUGUUAAGAGUCCCCCAUGCUGUGGAAGCGGGACCCACCCAGGGCUGCGUCCGAAGUGAGCUGAGAGUGGAGAACUACCUGGUGACCUUGAUGGACGUGGGGGGGUCAGCGGAGUCCAGAGGAGCCUGGAAGGAGCUCUGCGGAGAGGCCCACGGGAUCAUCUUCGUGGUGGACUCCAGCGACCGGCAGAGGAUCAAGGAGGUCAAGGAGGUUCUUGCUGACCUGCUGAAGCAAACGAGAGUGGCGGGAAAACCCAUAUUAGUGUUGGCCAACAAACAGGACAAAAUGAACGCUUUGCUGGGAAGUGAGCUGAUUGAGAUCCUGUUACUGGAGAAGCUGGUCAACCAGAGCCGCUCUCUGUGCCAUAUUGAGCCUUGUUCAGCCUUAAUGGACCUGCGACGCUGGUCGGACAGGAAGACUCAGCGAGGCCUUCGCUGGUUGCUGCGAGCUGUUUGUCUGGAUUACCCUGAGCUGUGUACUCGUGUAGCCCAGGACAGCAAGAGGCCUCUGGAACCAAGAGAGGGGGAAAAGACCUGGAAAACAGAGAAAGUUCGCAGAAAACCCAGGGUGGAACGAAUCCGAUCCAGCAAGUCAGAUCUUCGCCAGGUUCAUCGGCCAAAAGAAAAGGAGAAGAAGACGAAGGGUGAAGGAAAGCUGCAACCCAUUCGAAACAUGCUGCAAAAGGAAACCUCUCUCAAAAAGAAGCUGAAGAGAAAGAAGAAGAAGUCGGUUAAGGUCAAGGAAGGUGAAAAAGAUCAAGAAGAAGCAGCCGAGCAGGAGGAGGAAGAGGAGGGUGACGGCAACGAAGGAGAGCAUGAAAACUCUGGUCACAGAGAGAAAGCCAGCAGUGCCCUGAUCACCCCGAAAAAAGGCAAAUCCAAACGCAAAACAAAGGUGAAAGAAGAAGAGACUCCGGACGUGCCGGAAUCACAAGACAACGACGAGAAGCCGAUCAAAGCUAAAGGGGAAACGAAGAAGAAGAGGAAGAAAGUUGUCAAAGUGAAAAGGAAGAACAAGAUCAACACGGAGGAGAUGUCUGCAGCUUACUCUCAACCCGUGGACCUGUCUGCAACCUUUGAUCUUUACCGAAAAGCAAUACUGGCUCUGAAGGAACGUCAGGAUCAGAGACAGUGAGAGGACGCAGUCACACGACAUCACUUCAAAGACAGAUUCUGUUACGUCUUCAUCUCUUUCCAUAGACGUCAGACCUGAUCCCUGAACCUUCGGAGUGAAACUAAUUCCAGUGUGUAAUGACGGGCAGGUCUGCAUAAUCAUGUAAUGAUAGAAACAUUGAUAAUAUAAAAUAAAAAUAAAAAAAAUACAUAAAUAAAUAACAAUGUAUACAGUUUAAAAAGUUGAAGAUGAAAUUGUGUAUCAGGCCAAAAAUGUUAAAGGAGGUUUUGUUUAUAUAAAUCUAUGCAGUUUUGAUUGUAAAGGAAACAUGAUUUUUGAACUGUAUCCUUUUUUUUUACGGGUUUUGAAAACUUUCCAGAAAUUAACUCAGCACUAGGCAGAAUGGGACAUUGUUGAUAAUAACAAUAAACAUUUUGUCACUA